AUAGUUGGUUGCGUCUUGGUAAAGUAUAAGACUUUGAAGCCUUUUCCAAACCCCCAAGAACCUACUUUUUUAUCUGGUCCUCUAAAAAAGAAUAACUAUUCAUCUAAGUUAUUCUCAACUUUAUUACUUUAUAUGUCAAAAAUACACCACACUAGUGUGUAGAAUUUUCGUGAUCAAUCAUACAUGGAACGCUACGAGGUUGUCAAGGAAAUUGGGUCUGGGAAUUUUGCUGUGGCGAAGUUGGUUAGAGAUGUUUUCACCAAAGAGCUUUUUGCGGUUAAGUUUAUUGAAAGAGGCCAAAAUAUUGAUGAACAUGUUCAGAGAGAAAUCAUGAAUCAUAGAUCGUUGAAGCAUUCUAAUAUAGUUAGAUUCAAAGAGGUUCUGCUAACGCCAACACAUCUAGCCAUAGUAAUGGAGUAUGCUGCAGGAGGAGAACUCUUUGAAAGGAUAUGUAGUGCUGGUAGAUUUAGUGAAGAUGAGGCAAGGUUUUUCUUUCAGCAAUUGAUAUCUGGAGUCAGUUACUGUCAUUCAAUGCAAAUCUGCCAUAGAGAUUUGAAGCUUGAAAACACACUCUUAGAUGGAAGCACCGCGCCACGGGUCAAAAUUUGCGACUUUGGUUACUCAAAGUCAUCUGUAUUGCAUUCGCAACCGAAGUCUACAGUAGGAACUCCAGCUUACAUUGCACCCGAGGUCCUGACGAAGAAAGAAUAUGAUGGAAAGGUUGCAGAUGUUUGGUCUUGUGGAGUCACCUUAUACGUGAUGUUAGUCGGCGCGUAUCCUUUCGAGGACCCCGAGGAUCCAAAAAACUUUAGGAAAACAAUCAGUAAGAUACUUAGUGUCCAGUACAAAGUUCCUGAUUUCGUACGAGUUUCAUUGGAAUGUAUACACCUUCUUUCUCAAAUAUUCGUCGCUGAUCCUGAAAAGAGAAUAACAAUACCAGAAAUAAAAAACCAUCCAUGGUUUUUGAUGAACUUACCAAUAGAGUUAAUGGAAGGUGGAAGCUGGCAAACCAAUGAUGUAAAUAAUCCAUCACAAAGUGUUGAUGAAGUUCUGUCUAUCAUACAAGAGGCAAGAAAACCUAUUAACAUCCCAAAACUUGGAGGCCUUCUUAGUGAAGACAGUAUGGAGUUGGAUGAUUAUGAUGCCGAUAUCGAAGAUAUUGAAACAUUCGGUGAUUUUGUCUGCCCUCCUCUUUAAGUGUAUUCAUUGAACAAAAAUAAGCUAUCAUUAGCUGUAAGGGCGAUGAAGGUAUGCGGCCUGAACAUCAGGUUAAAGAUGUGUUUUGUGACCGACACUGACAUGACAUCAACACACAUGGUUAUACUCAAGUACGGUCAUUCUAUCAAGUUACAUUUGUAUUUAGUAUCUAUGGUAGUAUCAAUGUCGUGUUUAAUAUUUAUGUUUAUGUCGUGUUUUGUAGUGAAGAAGUUCCUUGUUUAUAUUGCAAGUAACACACGUGUAAGCGUUAUCAAAUUUUGGAACUUCAGAGAUUCAAGUACCUUUUGUAAAUAUGUAAAAUAUCACAUGAGCUUGCUUUUCCAAAAAAGAGAAUAUUAAGUAAAGCAAGUUGUGGAAUAAGUUUCUCUUGUUUAGUCAUUUGAUUAUUGGUCAUUCUUAAUUUAUCACAUGACGUUUUUCAUUA